CUGGCUCCGGGCUUCACGCUCCAGUGGGAGAUGGGAACACUACAGCAAUUCCUGAAGGAUGCGGGCCUGCAGGACUUUGCAGGAGCUCUGGAAGGCCUCGGAGUCCAAACAGUCAAAGAUUUGGAAGAGCUUGAGCCAGAGGACUACGAAGAGAUUGGCAUGAAGAAGUUGCAGAAGCGGCGCUUGGAGCGCCACUUGGGCAUGCUGGAAAGCGAUGCUAAGCGACCACGUGUGGAGAUUCAGCAGGUGACCCCAGUGCCCGCGGCAGCCGUCCCGGUGGCUCCAGUCACUGUCGCCCCAGUGGCAUCUGUUGCCACUGUGGCCACACCAGUGGUGAACAGCAUCGACGGGACGAAGGAGCCAACAGAGAUGAAGGAGGUGUCUUGCAAGUCGAGCGCAGUGGAGGAUGGUGAGUGGGAAAUGCCAUCAGAUGAUGAGCUGAUGCAGCACGUGAACAGCUUGGGCGAACAGGACGUCAUGGACAUUGAUAUGGACAUGAAGCAAUUGCAUCUUGCGUGGACCUCCGAUGGUGAGACCAUGGGUGCCCAGUUGAUUGGCUUGCAGACUGAUCUCCAAGAUGACAUGCAUGUGGCAAAGAUGGUGACCAACAUUGAGGAGAUCGUUGCACUUUGCAACAAGCUACAGCCGAAGAGUGCUGCGAUGGUUCCGAAGCUGAAGGUGAACUUUGAAAAGUUGAGCCAACCUUCAAGCUGUUUCCAGGUGCUAGCGCUUCUGGGUGAGCAACAGGAGAUUCGCAAAUUCCUCGAGAUUUUGGAGGUCCCACCGAAGACGCUAGCCAUUUUGAAUAAGCCUGGCCUUUUUGCGCUUGUGCACCAGCAACGGCUGUAUUUGAUCCUGUGGCCAGCAGCCAGCUUUCGGGAUCAUGCGCACCGCCGGCAGCUGAUCAGUUUCAUUCAUUUCGUGUUGCAGCUGGCAACGGAUGUCUUCUGGCUGGUGCAGCAGAGCGACUUGGAUGGUGUGCAGACGGUUGGAAACUCUCUCACAGAAGCUGACACUUCCAGGAACAUGGACAUUCAAAUCAGCAUGAAGUCUGCAAGCGAUGAUGAUUGUACGCUAUCUUCGCAUUUUCAGGCUGCACUGAAGUCGUCUGGUGCUGCAAUCAGAGUUUUCAGCGGGAAGCAGCGCGCCUCUCUGAGCACCAUGCAGGUUCAGCCAGCUGGUAGACACUCAAAGUCUGACACGAAGCAAGAAACAAUUUUGAAUUUCUUCCGCGACAUCAAGGACACUCACAUUGUGCAUUUUGGAACAGAGUUGAAGUUGGAGGACUGCGCUGAGUUUUUGAAGGCAGUGGCACCAGACAAGUUUGAAGACGUAGAGAAGUGCCACGAUGAAGCCAAGGCUGAUGCGCGGCAGAAGCAUCUUGACAGAGUCCAUGCGAUUGAAGAGAGUGUACAGCAGCAGAAGAAUGAUGUUUUCCGCAAGCUCAAAGAGGCCAUCAAGGAGCAGUUUCUAGAGUAUCAUCCUCGGGAGUUCUUUGCGCUGAAUGCGUCCGAUGCAGAAUGUGCUAUUUGCCAGUCCGAGUUGCAUUCCGAGCUGGAUGCGUGGCCUUGCGCCUCCUUGCCCUGCGAUCCCAGUCACAUCUUCCACCAUGACUGCAUAAAGAGGUGGUUGGAAAGCUGUGGUGAACGUCCCAGGUGCCCAAAGUGCAGGCAUGAGUUUCCAAAUCGACCGGUGCAAGACCUGAUCUUGGACCUUGUGGACAAAAAUGCCGCAACGGAGCUCUGCAGACAGCUGCCGAGCCAACCAGCGGCACACGUGCUGGCGGGCUUUUGGAAUGUCAUCAGCGGGCAAAGGUGGACGUGGCAUACUUUGGACCACCUUAUCAUCGCCGAAGACAGCUCCAAAAAUCUCAGCAUCCACAUUUCAACCGAUCACGGUGCGACCAAGUCAUCUGGACAGUUAAGACGAGGUAUUGGAAGAGGCGAGGGGUUUUGGUACGCUGACCUGAAGUACCAAUCGAACAGCAAGGUCUUUGGGUCGGUGCGCUUGAAAGAACUUGGGAACGACGAGGUUGAUAUUUGCUUCAGAGCUCCUCCUCUCAUUAACCAAAGGCUUCCAUGGAGCAACCCCUGUACAGUGGCCAAGGACCCGCAAGUAACUUUGCCAACCGAUACCUUUACAUUGGACGUCGCUAUCAAGCAAGCAAAGUUGAAGAUGAAGAAUCUGUCAAGCAUGUAUGUCUUUGCAAAGGUGGCAGAGUCCAAGAAGUUGUUCGAGCAGAGAGAGAUGGAUUGGGCAGAUUCAGUGCACCAGAUGCUGAUUGAGUCAGUUCAGAAUACAGCUGCUUUCAAUGAAUGGCACAAAAAACUUGCUCCUCAGCCGUCAUUUGCUCGCAUUGGGAGUAGCAACGAUGUAGCAGACCUCGGAAAGCUCAAGAAAUUGAUUCAGGAGGAAAUCGGGAAAGGUGCGUUGAAAGAGCCACACUACAUCAGAACGCUUCAGACCUACAAGGACCAGCUCCUUUCCAAGCUGGAUGAAAGCAUUUGGCAGAUGUCUGAGCAGAUGUUCAGCACAUUGGGGCAGCAGGUGAGCUGUCAGAAGAAAAGAGAGCUGGAGGAGGAUUGGAGGUGCACCCUGUUGCAGCUCGAAAGCAGUCGCAGGGAUGCCUAUUCCCUGGAAAUUCAGAGCUUGGCGCCCGAAAAUGCGAUGAGUCUCACCCUCACGAAGCUGGUCUCCCGCGGAUACUCUGGCAAUUACAGGUUGUCUUACGAGAAGGAAGUCGAAGGGUCUCCAAAGCUCUGCUGCACCCUGCAGAACCUGACAGUCGAGAAGCAGCUAUUCGAGCAGGCUGUGGCUGGCGAACAUGAGUUCCAGAUUGAAUUGGAGACCUUUGCGGGUUCAGACUUCUCCCUUGAUGUGCAGGAUCCCGCAGAUGUGCAUAUGCUCGGGUCCCUGACGCAAGACCGGGUGUUUUGGAUAUCUUCCCAUGAGAUUCCGUGUGGCGGUAAAGGGAUCAAGUUUCAUUGCCAAGCCAGGGGCCAACCACCCAAAGAGCUGCUGACCAUCAAACGACCCGCCAGAUCUGUUGCUUUCAAUGAGACGCUUCGGAUGUUGGCCCUGUACAAUGAAUCUUCCAAGGUGGUCGUAGUGUAUGCAUGGAACGAGGUCUUCACACACCAUUCAGACUUCUGUGCCCCAAUCCAGCUGGACGCCUACGUGCAAGAUGCUGACCUGAUCCAAAUGCACUUUUUACCGGCCUCCAAGCAGCUCUGCUUCGUCCUCCGCAACAACAUGGUGAAGGUCUAUGAACUCAUUGCAAAAACUAUUCGUCCGCGUGGCUUCUCCAUUCCACCACACACAAAAACAUUUGUUGAUUCUACAGGAGCUGCUUUGAUGGUGCUUCGUCGAAAAGAGUCAGCUUGGGUCGUUGACGUUUUCCUUGUGGCUGACGGUCGUGAAGUGAAGACUCUUCCUCUUCCAGUUGCACUUUCAGAGGAUGCUCCUGUGGUGGACAUUCUGCGCCUCUACGGUGUAGAUUUCCUGGUGGCUGUUGACGAAGCUAAGACAUUGCAUGGUUGGAGGUUUCAUUUACAGACAGCAGAGCAAGUUUGUUCUAUGGAACAACUCGGUGAGAAAGCUAUGGAACCUGCAAAAUCUGAAUGCACAGGUGCAGCAUGCUUUGACAUUUUGUACCAAGUGCUGGCCAAAUUCACCAAUCAUCCAGCUCUUGGUGGAGACUUCAUGCGGCAGGUGACACGUUUGACUGUGGUUGGCCCCGCAGUUGAAUCGAAUGUUGGGGUUGCUGUGGAACGAUAUGUGGCAGGCAUUGUUGGGCGGUUGAAACAAGAGACUCAGAAACCAUCGUUGGAUUCCUUAAAGUUGGACGUUUCCUAUUGGCCUCUGAACCUCAACGAAGCUGCAGGAGAUUUGAUCUCAAGUCUCCAAGCUUCAGUGAUCAAUUUCUCCCAGCUUUUGCGGAAGCUCAUUUGCCUGGUGCCGCUUCAGAUUGCCCGUGCAGAGAAUGAGUCAUUUGUGAUUUUGAAAGAUGGUCUGCGUGAAGAUGUCAGCGACUUCAGCAGCCUCAGUGAGUUAGCAGACUUCAUUUCGUUUGGCCUCUAUGAGUUGGUUCUGGAAAGCAACGAGAACCCCGUAGUUGUCAUCAGCAGCAUGGGCAAACAAUCUACUGGAAAGUCCUACAUGCUGAACCAUUUGGCAGGGACGACCUUUGACACUGCUGGGGGUCGCUGUACUGAUGGUGUUUGGAUGACAGUUCGGGAACACAGUAAUGUGACCUAUGUCUUGCUGGACUUUGAGGGCUUGGGGUCUUUCGAACGUUCUGCCCAAGAAGACAUGCUGCUUUCAGUCUUCAAUGCUGCCAUUUCACACGUUUCGCUUUUCCGCACAGAGAAUCGGCUGGACUGUGACACGGCGAGCAUUUUCUCGCGUAUGCAGCAGGGAGCCAAGCUCAUUCAGGGUGAUGCCGAGCUGUUCAAUGGCUUUUUUCAAAUUGUGGUGAAAGACGUGGUCUCUGAUGCGAAGGAAGUUGCCCAGGAGUUCAAGCAGAAGAUACAGCACAUCAUUGCACGGGACAAAGAAGACAACUUCUUUUUGCGCUUGUACAAGGGCCGUGUCGGCAUCCUUCCCUUCCCAGCUUUGGGCCGAGCGGAGUUCUACAGGGAGUUCAACUCGCUGACAAGCAAAGUACGAGAUGCGCAGGCUGAGAAACGUUGGUUUGAAAGCGGACGGCAGUAUUUGCGAAACACGAAACUCCUGAUGGCGAAGAUUGCGAUGAAAGACUGGACACCGACCGACCAAAACAAGAUCAAAAUGCUUCUCGCUAGCCUAGGGGAGUGCUUGGCAACAGCAGUCAUGGCAGGCUGCAUGGCGGUGACUGAGGACGGCCCCAUCCCUUUGCUGCACUUGCGCACCAACAAGACUUUCUUUGACAAAGGAAAUGAAGGUGACCAAUCUGAUAUGGGCAGCGAUGAGAGCCGAAUCCUCUCAACUUUGCCAGAUGAGGGCUUAAAGUUGGCGAUCGUUCACGACCAAGAUGGCGUCUUGGAGGUUGAUGUGCCCUCUGAUAUCAUGGCAGGCCUACUUAGCAAGCUCAAGGAAGUGGCGCCCAAAUGCUCAGAUUGGACGUGGGGAUUGCAAGCUUUAGCGCGGCGCCGGCAAAAACGCAUCGUUGCUUGGCUUGAAGCGAACGUGGAGCAUGUGGCUGGCGAAGGAGAUGCGCAGCGUUUGGUGAUGGUCGCCAAGACGGUCCUGGCUAGGCUUUUACAAAAAUUGCGUCUUUGUGGGCAAAACUGCGAAACAUGCCGCCUGCCUUGUGCGCUCCCAGUGGUUCACAGAGAGCAGUCCCAUGACUGUGGUACAGAUCACAAGUGCCGUGCCUUUUGCCGCUACUGUGAAUCUACAGGUGUUGCUUCAGCAUGUGUGCAACCCGCUGGGCAUUCUGCCGAACACGAUUGUGGAGAUUUGGGCCACACAUGCGGCGCUGAUUGCUCUCUCAACACUUUGGGAAAUUGUGCAGGGCGCUGUGUACUGAAGCCUGGGCAUUCAGCAGACGAGCCACAUCUUUGCGGAUCCAUGAAGCACUAUUGUGGGAAGCCGUGUGCCCUCAGCAGCUGCCCCCAUCCUUGUGUGCUCCCCCACGACUCAAUGCAUGAUCGGUGUGAGUGCCAUGUCAUCGUUUGCCCGAACAAGUGCACUUUUCCCAAUUGUACUUUCAUGUGCUCCGUGCAGGAUCAUUUUCAUACGAAAGACUCUGCUGGCCACGGGUGCAUGUGUGAUCAGCCGCACCAAUGCCCGCAUGAGUGUCAAGCACCAGGAAUCUGCGAAAUAUAUUCGGAACUCGUGGUCAAGAAGCAGAAGUUCUCUGGCAAGCACGAUGCCUUCGACUACGAUGCAAUUGAAACCGAGCAGAACGGAGUCCGCAAGGGUUGUUGCAACGUCGUCCCGCCCAAGAGUCGCCAACAUGAGGGCGAACACAUACAUUCGAGUACUGAGAACUUAGUGCACUACUGUAAUCUGAAAUGCCCUACAUGUGGCUACUAUUGCACCUUACCUUGGGAGCAUUCAGGAGAGCAUGACACUCGCCACGGCAACAUGCGUCGCACUUACUUCGUGUCAGAUGAGGAUGUCUUCCAAGUGGGAUCUCGCAAGUAUGCCCCCGCGGAGUCUGGGGUGGCAGAGAUGUGCAACAUGUAUUGUCACCGAGCUGGACGUGGACACACCCAUGUGAAGCUAUGCACUAACUACUCCCGUGGGCGAAGUGGGCAGCAGUGCUGCAACAUAUCAGCCAUGCCUGGAAGACGACAUUCCACACGUCAAUACAAGCCCAACCCUGACAUUCCCAAGGAUGAGUUCACCCAUGAGGCAUUCUGGGAAAGCACGGGCUUCAAAGACCCAUGCUCCAAUGAAGACAAAGAAAUCUUCAGCAAAUGCAACCACUUUUGCCCACAUGAUUCCCAUAUGAAGGAUGGUGAGCAGCCUUCAUUUUGCACCUUGCCCUUGUGGCAUCCAGCACUUUCAGAUCAGGAAGGGAAGGCCUACGUUGCACAGCAUGGUGGAAUUGUGUCCCUAGACGGACAUCACUUCAGCUGCACACAUCGGGGCAGUCAACCAGUCCAUACGAUCUUCCUGAUUGACAAGUCCUCGUCAAUGGGCAGGCAAGAUGUGAAGCCCGAAACUCGGCCAUGGCGAAGCUCUCAUCCCAAUCGCUUAGGCUGUGCCCUCGCUGCUGUUCAAAGCUUCGUGGAAAAGAGACAGCAUAGCAGCCCUGUUGAUAGAAUCUCAUUGCUGGCCUUCGACAAAGAGGUCCGCAAUGGACCGACUAUGGUUCCAAUCUCGCAGUUCAACACUUGCCUACAAUGGCUUCAAGGUCUGAACGCACAACAUGGGACGAGUUUUGCUAGGGCCAUGGCUGCAACGAUCCCACUUGUGCAGCAGACAUCUGUCGAGCACCGCUCAAUGGUGAUGUUCUUGUCAGAUGGCCAUGAUGCGUUCCCCCAAGAGGAUCUCAACAAGCUCUUUGCCACGAUUGCCAGGAGAACCCCGGGAAAAGCCAUCCGUUUGCACACUGUGCAAUUCCCGGCAAAGGACAAUUCAGGCUCAGCUGUGUUGUCACAGAUGGCACAAGCAGCGCGGUCCCGGGCAACCUCCGAAGAUUGUUUUGCCAAAGCCAGCAGCUCCAUGCGGUCGGUGGACAACAUCUCCCUACAGGAGACGUUCGUGGGAAUAGCUGAUUCCCUCUCUUCGGCUGCAGGCGGACUGAUCGCCGCAGUUUGAUCUGGCCCAGGAUGGCCGCCUUCCACGGUUGCGGGGGAUGUCACAGUGAUGCUGUGACGGUUUAAUAAACGUGGGACCUUGAAAGCUCUGUAGGGUUUGACGCUCCUUAUAAACGGUUUCUAGGGAUCAUUGCAGCUUUCAAUUUGUUGAUUUCUGUUUGUCCGGCAUGAUCUGACAAUUUUCCAAUGACUGUUGAAAAGCGGAGAGCACCAAACCUCCCAACGGCUUCAAGAAAUCUAGAUCCAAUCAGUGAGUAGGUGGUAGGUAGUUUGACUUCAGUCUGGUCGAAAGAGCUGCCCUGGUACCUCUUUUGGUGCAUUGAUUUUGAGUGUCAUGUCAUGAAUGCUUCAUAAUGCUUGUGCUUUCUUCAAGUGACUGAUCAUUUUUUUUGGGUGACAUGGUUGACCAACCUUGAUGGGAUUUGAGGUCGCGACUGUCCAUAGCGGCUCAGCAAGUCAAGAGCCGCCGCUCAACACCGUAUUGGCUUCAGCGGCCGACUUGAACACAUGCACUACACACGAAAUGCGCGCAAAGAUGGAAAA